CUCACCCCUGCAUCCUUCUGCAGGAGAGCUGGAGCUUAGUAUUAGAAUGUAUCUCUGCUGCCGGCAUCUAGUUAUCUCUCAUUGGGUUACCCUCUUUAUAAAAUGCACCUUCUUGGUCUUUAUCACUGAUCUUCAGCUUGCCAUUGCCAACACAGACCCAGAAUCAUUCCUGGUGUACAGUCCUGAUGCUGAAGGAUGUCUGGAAGCUCAGGAAGACACGGUUCAACUGACAAGACCGUGCCAGUCCAACUCACCGGCACAGCAAUGGCUUUGGGUGUCCCGCCGCCGGCUCUUCAAUUUGGGCACUCUAAGGUGUCUGUUGGUACCGUCUGCAUCCAACAGCACAUCCACUGCCAUCUCCACCUAUCAAUGUGAUGAGAACUUUUACUUUAUCCGCCGCUGUGAGACUUUGCUGGAGCAGCUGACUGCUGCGCUACUUCCGCGGACCUCCAAUGCCACUGGAUUGCAGCAACCGCCUGCCAAAACGUCCGGACAGUGGUUGCUAUUUGGAACAGACAAAAGUAUCUGUUCCUCCGUGUUUCAGGAUAUUUACACUAUACAAGGGAACUCCAAUGGACGGCCCUGUGCUAUACCUUUCAAGUACGACAACCAGUGGUUUUAUGGCUGCACAAGCACGGGGCGAGAGGAUGGCCAUCUCUGGUGUGCAACCACUGUUGACUAUGGCAAAGAUGAAAAGUGGGGUUUCUGCCCUGUAAAAAGUGCGGACUGUGAGACUUUCUGGGACAAGGAUCCACUUACCCACAGCUGCUACCAGUUUAAUUUCCAGUCGGCACUUUCAUGGGGCGAGGCUUGGACCAGUUGCCUUCAGCAAGAUGCUAAUCUCCUCAGUAUCAAUGAGAUACACGAGCAAACAUACAUAAAUGGGCUCCUGACUGGAUACAGUUCCACUUUAUGGAUAGGACUAAAUGAUCUUAACGUUAAUGGUGGCUGGCAGUGGUCAGACGGCUCUCCAUUAAAAUACCUGAACUGGGAAAAUGAUCAGCCGAGCAAUUCAGAAGAAGAAAACUGUGCGGUUAUUCGGACGGAGUCCUUGGGUGCCUGGCAAAACCGUAACUGCUAUAAUGCCCUACCUUACGUAUGUAAGAAAAGCUCCAAAAGAAGUCUUCCUAUCGUAGAACCCAUCGAACCAGAUGUGGUUGUGCAGUGCGAUCCUGGAUGGCAGAGUUAUGGCAUUAACUGCUACCGUUUAAACAAUGAGAAGAGGAGCUGGCAAGAGGCUAGAAAAACGUGUGUGCGGAGUGAGGGGAACCUUGCCAGCAUUCAAAGCCUGCUGGAGCUAGAAUUCAUUACCAAGCAGAUUAAACAAGAUGUGGAAGAGUUGUGGAUUGGGCUCAAUGACAUCAAGCAUCAGAUGAGCUUUGAAUGGUCAGAUGGGAGUGCUGUUACCUUUACGUCUUGGCAUCCUUUUGAGCCCAACAACUUUAGGGACAGCAUGGAAGAUUGUGUGACUAUAUGGGGACCGGAGGGAAAAUGGAAUGACAGUCCAUGCAACCAGACCUUGCCAUCAAUCUGUAAGAAGCCUGGAUUAGUCACACAAGGGAGCUCUGAAGACAAUAAUGGGUGCCAAAAGGGCUGGAGUUGGCACAGUCCCUCUUGCUACUGGUUGAGUGACGACCAAAUGACGUACAAUGAAGCUAUCAAGUCAUGUUCUGACCGCAGCGCUAGACUGGUCAAUGUGCAGAACAGGUUUGAGCAGGCAUUUGUUAACAGUCUUCUGUAUGGAUCAGACAGAAGCUAUUACUGGACAGCACUGCAGGAUCUGAACCGCACUGGUGUAUUUACUUGGUACAAUGGCGAUGAAGUGACUUACACCCACUGGAACCGGGAUGAGCCGGGCUAUGAUAAAGGGGGAUGUGUUGUGUUGGCUACAGGACGCUCUCUUGGUCUUUGGGAGGUAAAGGACUGCGUUACAUUCAGAGCAAAGUACAUCUGUAUGCAGAGCCUGAUCCCAAUGACCCCUCUGUUACCUGCAGCUCGACCCACACCCAGCCUUAACGGAAGCUGCCCAGAUAGCUGGAGCUCUGCACCAAAUCUAAGGCAUUGCUACAAGGUUUAUCAUUCAGAGAAGCUGCAAGAGAAAAAGUCUUGGAUUUCAGCGCAGCAGUCCUGUCGAGAGAUUGGGGCUCAGCUGCUCAGUGUCUCCAGUGUGGCAGAAGAACACUAUGUGGCUCAUUUACUGAACAAAAUAUUUGGUGAAUCGGACCCUGAAAGUCAUGAGCAGAACUGGUUUUGGAUUGGUCUGAACCGUAGAGAUCCCAGCGGUGAUCAGAGUUGGAUCUGGAGUGAUGGACAGGGGUAUUCCUAUCACAACUUUGACCGCAGCUAUCAAGACAAUGAUGAUAUAAGAAGGUGUGUGGUGUUGGACCUGUCGUCUUUGCAGUGGGUGGCAAUUGAGUGCGACUCUCAGAUGGAUUGGAUAUGCAAGCUGCCAAAAGGAACAGACCUCAAAGAGCCAGAAGUUCCAAAAGGAAACACAGAGUGGAUCAAAUUUGAGACUGCAGAGUAUAAAUUGUUUGAGCAUCGAUCCACAUGGCUACAGGCUCAGAGGAUCUGCACUUGGUUUCGGUCUGAGCUAGUGUCUGUUCACAGUCCGGCAGAGUUGGACUUCCUAAUGCAAAACCUACAGAAGAAUCUCCGGGUGCAGGAGCAGCACUGGUGGAUUGGACUGCACACGUAUGAAAAUGACGGGAGAUUCAGAUGGUCAGACAAGACUGUACUCAAUUUCGUAAACUGGGCUCCUGGUCGGAUAGGCCGUAUUUCCAGGGAGAAGAAAUGUGUGUAUAUGACAGCAGUUAGAGGAGAAUGGGGUGAUCAGAAAUGCGUAACUGCUCUGCCUUAUAUAUGUAAACGGACCAACAGCACAGUGCCACCACCCACCUUACCUCCGCUCUCCCCACCCAGUGUGGGCGGCUGCCCUAAGACUUGGCUGCCAUUCAUGAACAAGUGUUUUGGUGUGAGAGCAGAUCGUAAGGUUGAAAUGAAGACAUGGCAACAAGCUCGAGAUGCCUGCAAAGUCGUAAAUGGAGAGAUCGCCACAAUUGACAACUACUUAGAACAGGCUUUCAUUACAUCCAUACUUCCAAGUAUUACCUCUGACCUUUGGAUUGGUCUUCACAAUGGACGACAAAUAUUCCAAUGGGAAGAGGGUCAGCCUCUGGCAUAUGUGAACUGGGCACCAGGGUCGCCAUCCAGAGAGAGCUCUUCUAAUGUCAAGAUGGUUAGCUGUGCUGCAAUCUGGCAUGGACUUCAACCACAGUUCACGGGGCGAUGGGAUGACAAACUUUGUUCAGAGAAGCAUGGAUACAUCUGCCAGAUCAGCAAAGUGCCCUCUUUGAGCCCAGCACCCGAUCCGUUUCCAUUUCCACCUAGUACCAGGCUCCAGUACAGGAACAGCUCCUACCUCAUUCUGCAGAAACCAAUGUCAUGGAUUGAAGCCCGUCUGCUGUGCGAGACUCGUAAUGCCACCUUAGCGAGCAUCCCAGACCCCUUCCAACAGGCAUAUCUGACCCUUGCAGUAACCGGGCAGAAGACCCCUCUGUGGAUUGGGCUGUCAAAUGAAGAGGGUGGCCGAUCCUACGCUUGGCUAACAGACGAUGGGAUUUCAUACACCAACUGGAGGGAUGGAGAACCUCAACGCCUUAGUGGCUGUGUAUACAUGGAUGCUCAGGGAACAUGGAGUACAGCAAACUGUGAUCAGAAACUACCUGGAGCAAUCUGCAACUACGACAGUCAAUCUACCAAAAGCCAUAAGUGGAGCUUUAACAACAGCUGUCCCAACUCAAUAGGUGAUUCCUCAUGGAUCCCAUUCCGUGACUACUGCUACUCCUUCCACAUGGAGGUCAACAUUAGCCAGAAGGAUGCCACCAAAACAUGCCAGAAAGCUGGUGGUGACGUUCUGACCAUCGUAGAUGAGACAGAAAACCUUUUCGUCUGGGAGCACCUGCAGACAUUUGAAAGCCAGAUACAAGGAGCCUGGCUUGGCAUGUCCUUCAGUAUGAAAGAAGGCUCCCUAUUGUGGAAUGAUAACACGCCGGUGAAUUACUCAAACUGGGGUCAGCAAGAUUCAGGUCCCAGCUUGCUGAGUCCAAAUUCCUGUUACUGGAUUGAAGGCAGCAGUGGAGUAUGGGGUCUGGGUUCUUGUACCAAUAUCAGAAAGGGAGUUAUAUGCAAACUGUCUAGAGCGGAGGAAGACACCGUUGCAAAGUCUAUUUUACCACCGCACAGCACGGCAGUGGCAAUAGUCGUCCUCUCAACCUUUGCCCUUUGCAUCUUUGUGGUUGUAAUCAUCUACCUGUACCGGCGCAGAAAACUUGCGGCUGAGCAAGGAGCAUUCGAAAGUGCAAGAUACAGCCGUGCCAAUACUGCCCCGGGAGGAUCAGCUGAUAAGAACAUACUUGUGUCAGACAUGGAAAUGAACGAGCAGGAAUAAGACAGGGUUAAAGUGACGUCAUGUUAAAAUACAAAGCAGAGGGGUUGGGUCGUUUAAG